AUGAAGGUCAAUAUUGCCUAUCCAGCUAAUGGCACACAAAAGUGCCUGGAGAUUGACGAUGACCAUAAGCUCCGGCCGUUCUAUGAUAAGAGAAUGGCUACCGAGAUGCCGGUAGACUUUUUGGGAGAUGAGUGGAAGGGAUACAUCGUGAAAAUUACAGGCGGAAAUGAUAAACAAGGCUUUCCAAUGAAGCAAGGGGUCCUUACUAACGGACGGGUGCGAUUGCUGUUGUCAAAAGGCAAAUGCUAUAAUCCCCGACGUAAGGGUACCAGGAAGAGGAAGAGCGUUCGGGGUUGCAUUGUUGAUAGCAAUCUGAGUGCUCUAAACCUUAUAGUCAUUAGGAAGGGUGAAGGCGAUAUCCCCGGCCUCACCGACGUAAGCGUGCCAAGGCGUCUCGGCCCUAAGCGUGCCUCCAAAAUUCGAAGACUUUUCAACCUCGAUAAAGCAGACGAUGUCCGGCAAUUUGUCGUCCGCAAGCCUCUUCCGGCGAAAGAAGGCAAGAAGCCGCGUAGUAAGGCCCCAAAGAUUCAGCGUCUCACAACUCCCAUCCGCCUCCAGAGAAAACGAAGACAUAGAGCUCUAAAAAAGAGGCGUAUUGCCAUCCGUAAGGAGCUGGAAACAGAGUACGCGAAAAUGAUCGCCGUUCGCCGUAAGCAGGCUCGGGAUGAAAAGAGACGUUCACGAAGUCGAUCACUUCGUGAAUCCAAGGCUACUUCUGAAGAAUAG